AGUUAAUAAGUAUUUCCAGAGAACACAUUUUAUUGUGAAAGGGUUUCGCGCAAACUGCGACCUCUCCGACCGUAGAAGAAGAGCAGAACAACAAACAUGGCGGCGGCCGCGGACAGCAGCAGGUUGAAGAGUCCAUGAAGCUGAAGAGUGUUCUGGUUCUCUGGUUCUGAUGGCGGGCUGCAGGCCAGUGGUAGAGGUGGUCCAUCUGGGUCUCCAGUCCUACCAGGAGGCUCUGCGGCUCCAGCAGGUUUUCGUGAACCGGCACCGGUCCGGUCCGGCUCACGCCCUGCUGCUGUGUCAGCACCCGCCGGUCUACACCACCGGGAUCCGGAACAAACCGUACCCAGAACCGCUGCUGGACCGGCUCCGGCUGCUGGGGGCCGACGUGCACCGGACCAACCGGGGAGGACUCAUCACCUUCCACGGACCGGGUCAGCUGGUCUGCUACCCGGUUCUGAACCUGGGCGGCUUCAAGAAGAGCGUCCGCUGGUACGUCGGUCAGCUGGAGGAAACCGUCAUCGAUCUCUGCAGGAGGUUCGGAAUCGAAGCCUCAACGUCUCCUCACACCGGAGUCUGGGUCGGAGACAACAAGAUCUGUGCCAUCGGGAUCCACUGCGGUCGCUACGUCACGUCUCACGGCUUAGCUCUGAACUGUAACACCGACCUGUCCUGGUUCCAACACAUCGUUCCGUGCGGCAUCGAAGGAAAAGGCGUGACGUCGCUGAGCGCCGAGCUGCAGAGAAACGUCACCGUGGAGGAAACCGUCCCUCACCUGCUGGACGCCUUCACACACCUGUUCCACUGUGAGCUGACCGCAGCUCCGGAGAGCCUCCAGGACGCUGCAGAGACUUGAAACGAUUAAACACCAUCGAUUCACACGGAGGCUUCAGAUUCGUGGUUUAUUGGACCUUUGAAUCCAUAUUUGGGUUUAAUUAAUGGUUAAUUUGAGGUUUUAAUUUAAGUUUUCUUCACAUAUUAACAGUUAAAACAAGCCGAGGUCACUGAGGGCAUCUGGUCUUUGUAUGAAAAUGCCUAAAUGAUAUUCAUUGAAGAAUGACUGGAUUUUUAACGUUUUAUCAAUCUUUGUGUGACGAGUUGUUAGAAGAUAUUACCACAUUUAAGCGUCUAUAAAUAAAACCAGUGUGUCGGAGAGAAACAAGCUUUUCUGGAAAUUUCAGACAAAAACUAUCUAUCGACCUCUACUUGUAAACAAUUUAGAGAUUAAAAACUAAAUUCUGUUCUAAAAUAUACAAAAACAAGAUAAAAAAUAUGCAAAGUAUGCUCUAAAACAAUAUUCAAGUUCUGAGGUAAAAACUAAAUUUGAAGAUUUAAAAAAAUCCAAAUUAUAAAUAUGGGGAAAAUGUUCCGAUAUAUGAGAUAAAGUAAUUCAAAUUAUGUCCUCUGGUUUCUAUGCACAGGAUGCUGUCGUUAAGAAAAGAAAAUGUUUUUAAAAACAGAAUAAAUCUCUGAAUUUUCAUCUUUGCAGCAGGCUUUGAACUACUCCUGUGUGACAUGCCGUUUCAUUUUAAAAAUUAAACAAAUCUCGGUUUACAAUCAAGAUAUUUCAUCAAAAUCACUUUAUUCUAUGUGUUUCUCUUGAAAAUGUGCCAAAAAUAGUGUUCACUCUAACUAGACUGUAGGAAAAAUAAAAAAAUUAACUGUGA